AUGUUAUUUCUCCUUUUCAUAAAUUUCUUGUCUCUUUACUCUCUCUCCCUCUCUCUCUCUCUCUCUCUCUCUAUUCCAUUUCCUUCUUUUUUCUCUCUUUCGGCUCCCUUGAUAGAUAUUUAUAGACAGUGUGAAGACAGGGAAACUGAAAAUUCAGUGUUAAUUCCUAUCGCUAACAAUCUAUCUAUCUAUCUAUCUAUCUAUCUAUCUAUCUAUCUAUCUAUCUAUCUAUCUAUCUAUCCAAAUUUAAAUUUAAAAUCUAUCGAACAAGCAUUAUCUAUCUAUCUAUCUAUCUAUCUAUCUAUCUAUCUAUCUAUCUAUCUAUCUAUCUAUCUAUCAUUUAGUUCUUCUUCAUUGUCCAUUUAUAUCUAUCUAUCUAUCUAUCUAUCUAUCUAUCAUUUAGUUCUUCUUCAUUGUCCAUUUAUAUCUAUCUAUCUAUCUAUCUAUCUAUCUAUCUAUCUAUCUAUUAAUAAGGGAAUUAGUAUGAUUCAACCAAAUAUCUAUCUAUCUAUCUAUCUAUCUAUCUAUCUAUCUAUCUAUCUAUCUAUCUAUCUACAGUCAUAUUAUUUCGACCGCGAUGACGUCGCUCUCAAUGGAAUGCGAAAAUUUUUCAAAGACCGCUCAGAAGAGAAACGCGAACAUGCUCAAGAACUCAUGAAAUAUCAGAACAAAAGAGGAGGUCGAAUUGUUCUCCACGACAUCAGUAAACCUGAUCAAGAUGAGUGGGGUACUGCGAGUGAUGCCAUGGAGAUUGCACACGGCUUGGAGAAGAGAAUUAACAGGUCUUUGAUUAAGCUUGAGAGAACAGCGUCAAACAAAGACGAUGCUGAGAGAACUCUCGAUUGUCGAUCCGUUGAUCUAUCUAUCUAUCUAUCUAUCUAUCUAUCUAUCUAUCUAUCUCAGCUUCUUUACCAUCUAAGUUUCUUCGUUUCCUAUCUAUCUAUCUAUCUAUCUAUCUAUCUAUCUUACGGCUGCAUCACUUGCGAUCUAUCUAUCUAUCUAUCUAUCUAUCUAUCUAUCUGGUGCAUGUAA